AUACCUGGAUGCAGUAAAGAAGAAGCACAUAGAUCCCUGAGUAUUGAACUUGACAUCCUCCUUAGCAAUCUAUCAAAAUUGAGUCAUCAUUUUACCAAAGCAAAUGCCUUGAAAAAGGCCUUGGAGAAAUGUGAUAAUGAUUUUGCCAACAACUUGAUAUGGAAAAAUCAUAUUGAGAAAUUGAAAUCGCUUGCAAUUUCUGACCAAAUAAACAAAUGUGAAAUACAAAGUGUUGCUAUGCGAGAAGAAAUAGGGCAUGCUGAAGAAUGGAUAUUGGAUAACAAGCCAGAAAAACGUAAAAAAGAAUCAAAGAUUGAAGAAGAGAAUGAUUUUAAUGAUCUAAAUAAAAAAAAAAGACAGCGAUUAACUAGUCAAAAAUCAGAGUCUUUUAUGAAUUUAAUAACAGAUUUUGAGUCUUAUCAAAUAGAUGAUAAAUCAGAUACUCGAGAGAAUCUUGAAAACAGUGAGAAGAAUGAAGAAGAUAUUCAAGAUAAUGAGCAGACACCUUCAGUAGGUCCAAGUACCACCAAAACAGAUGUGGAAUCAGAUCAGAAAUCGUUAAAAGAACUGCUUGGCAGUAAUCUUCAAUGUUCAGAAAAUAUGAAAUUCAUUUUCCAACACCAUAAUACACUAUAUCCUGAUGAAAAUUUAAUAGACUUACGGCCUAAUUCAAACUAUUUCAAGAAACUUCCUUUCAAAAUUUUGGAACCAUAUUUUAAAGAUUUUGACAACAAAAUUGAGAAUUUAAUUCCACCUAAUAUUCACAAAUUCCUGAUAGAGUUUUUUCAGCAAGAUUUGACCAGCGAGGAAUGGCACAUCAAGAUUGAUGAUAUAUGUGCAUUAGAAAGACCACACUUAAACUCUUUUGUCCACCCGUGUCUACAGGCAUCGCUUUGGUAUAUUUCAGCAAUAUGCUAUGAAUUUGGAGAAAUCAGAUCAAAAAAUCAUAUAAAACGUGGAUAUGCUGACGGUAUUGGGUAUCUAAACACAGCUGAUAAAUUUCAGCUAGUUUAUAUGGAAGGAUUGAAGCCAAACGCUAAUGAUGACAAAGAAAUUUCAGAUGUCUCAAAAAUAUCCUACAAUCUUCAAAACAUUUUUAUAAAUAUAAUAAAAGAUAACAUAAAAUGUAGACAACGAUUUCCCAAAACGCUUGCUAUUUUUGGUGGGCAAAGUUUCCGCCUUAGAAUUCACCUACAAUUUUUAAACUAUUGUGGUCUUAUUAUCAUUAUACUUGGUGCUCUAUGGUUUAACACAGUUGGAACGGGUAUGCGUAGUCUUGUAAUAACGAAAAAUUUACUCAUAGGUCUUAUUAUAAUUUCAUUUUUUACUGCUAGUGUUGGUUUCUUUAAUCCAUUAAAACGUAAACGAUUUUUAUACGCACAUAUAUUUUUAAUUGUUCUAUCCAUUUUUGCCCUAUUGGCAAUGGGUGCAAAUGUUUGGUUUAAAACUUUGGAUGAAAGAAAACAUUUUGACGACAAAUGGAGAAGUUGGGAUCCAAAUACACGAGCUUUUUUCCAAGAUGAGUUAGAUUGUUGUGGAUAUUUUAAUUCAACAAAUUUAGCGGUGGUUUCAACUGCAUGUCCAAAUAAGUUGGUUAUUAAAAGUAAAAUUGGUUGUGUUGAUAGUAUAACACAGAAAGCUGACAAAUCAGCACGUCAACUAUUCACAACUUUAUUUGGCUUCAUGAUAAUCGACUUAUUUGCCUUCUUCUCCACCAUUGUAUUCAUACAAGCAAGGAACGUGGAAGAACGUUAUAUAAAAAUUGAUGAAAAACAUGGAAAUUUAGGCGAUCAAGCAUUAAAGAGACAAUAUCUGUGA